AUGUCGUCCAACGCCAUGGCCGACGAGCCGUCGUCGAAACGGGCCAAAACGACUUCGCAAUCGACCUCGUCCUCCGCGGUCGACAACCCGUACCUCGCGCACCUCAACCAGCCUCAUCAGCGCAUGACGGGUGGCAGUGCCUCCUCCUCCUCCAACGGGGCGGCUGCCCCCUUUGAUGGCUGGAUCAAGAACAAGGUCGAUGGCACGAUGGUCAAGAAGGCCAUGGUCAGUGUUGAUUCAGUUCUGUGGUUCUGUUCUGGGCGUAUGCCUCGUGCCAGCCACUGACUCGCCUCGUCCGUUAUACACCGUGUACGGCAGUUUGGCGAAACGAACCCCUGGACUCUUCGUCCGCAUUCAAAGCGGUACAUGGACAUCCUCAAGGUGCGUGAGAACCUGCCCGUGCACCAGCAAAUGUCCGAGUUCCUCGAGCUCUUCAACACGAACCAGUUCGUCGUCAUGGUCGGCGAGACCGGGUCGGGCAAGACAACCCAGAUCCCGCAAUAUGUCGCCUACUCGGACCUGCCUCAUCUCCGUCGACCGGGUCUCCAAGUCGCUUGCACUCAACCGCGUCGAGUCGCGGCCAUGUCGGUUGCGAAGCGUGUCGCCGACGAGAUGGACGUCACCCUCGGUGAACAGGUCGGCUACUCGAUUCGUUUCGAGGAUUGCACCUCCAACAACACCUUCCUCAAGUACAUGACCGACGGUAUGCUCCUGCGCGAGGCGAUGAACGACCACAUGCUCUCGAGGUACUCGACCGUCAUCCUCGACGAGGCCCACGAAAGGACGCUCGCAACCGAUAUCCUCAUGGGCUUGCUCAAGGACAUCGCCAAACGACGACCGGACCUCAAAAUAGUCGUCAUGAGUGCGACCCUCGAUGCGGCCAAGUUCCAAAACUACUUCUUCGGCGCUCCCCUGCUCAAGGUGCCCGGGCGGACCUUCUCCGUCGAAGUGUGAGUUUUCCCUCCCGCCGCCUGGAUCUCGGGCCUGAGCACGUGAGACUAACCAAACCUUCUCAAACAGGUUCUACACCCCCGAACCCGAACCGGACUACCUCGAAGCCGCGAUCCGUACGGUGCUCAUGAUCCACCAGGCCGAACCCGAAGGCGACAUCCUCGUGUUCCUCACCGGUGAAGAGGAGAUUGAAGACGCGUGCCGCAAGAUCUCCCUCGAGGCCGACAACCUCCUUCAUUCGAUUGGUCCUCUCAAAGCCGUUCCUUUAUACUCGUCCCUCCCACCUCAACAACAACAACGCAUCUUUGACAAGGCGCCCCCGCCUCGCACUCCCGACGGUCCACCGGGGAGGAAAGUUGUCAUUUCGACCAAUAUCGCCGAGACGUCUCUGACGAUCGAUGGAAUCGUCUAUGUCGUCGAUCCUGGUUUCUCUAAGCAAAAGAUUUACAACCCUAGGAUCAGGGUCGAGAGUUUGUUGGUGUCGCCUAUUUCGAAGGCUUCGGCUCAACAGAGGGCCGGACGAGCCGGUAGGACCCGACCGGGGAAAUGCUUUCGCUUGUACACGGAGGCUGAUUUCGUCAAGGAGGUGAGUCGAGGCGCAUGUAUGAUGUGUGUUCUGCCGUGCGUCCGCAGAAGCUGAUUCCACGCUUUGGUCUCUUUGCAACCCACCAGUUGGAAGAACAAACCUAUCCCGAAAUCUUGCGAUGCAACCUCGCUUCGGUCAUUCUUGAACUGAAAAAGCUCGGCAUCGACGAUCUCGUCCACUUUGACUACAUGGACCCUCCCGCCCCUGAGACGGUCAUGCGUGCCUUGGAACUGCUCAACUACCUCGCCGCCUUCGACGACGACGGCAACCUCACGCCCUUGGGCGACCUCAUGUCGACUUUCCCUCUCGAACCCCAACUGGCCAAGAUGUUGAUCGUUUCUCCCGAAUUCAACUGCUCGAACGAAGUGCUUUCAAUCGCGGCGAUGCUCUCCGUUCCGAACCCUUACCUCCGCCCCAACAGUCAACGAAGGGAAGCCGAUGAAGCCAAAGCCCAAUUCGCCCACCCCAACGGCGACCAUCUCUCCCUGCUCAAUCUUUACCAUGCUUAUCGAGGGAACCCCGAUUCGCAAUGGUGUUGGUCCAACUACGUCUCCUUCAGGGCGAUGCAACAAGCCGAUAACGUGCGUCAACAACUGAAACGCUCGAUGGAGAAGUUGGAUUUGGAUCUCGUUUCGACCGCGUUCGAGGACAAGAGCUAUUACGACAACAUUCGUAAAGCCAUCACGUGUGGUUUCUUCAUGCAAGUCGCCCAUAAGGAAGGGGAUAAGAAUGGUUACGUCACCGUAAAGGACAACCAAAUCGUCGGGUUGCACCCUUCAACAGGGUUGGACACGUCCCCCGAGUGGGUCCUUUACAACGAGUUCGUCUUGACGACGAGGAAUUUCAUUCGUACGGUCACCGAGGUCAAGCCCGAGUGGUUGAUCGAGUUUGCGACGAAUUACUAUGAUUACAAUACGUUCCCUAAAGGGGAGACGAGGAGGGCGUUGGAGAGGAUUUGGCAGAAGAAGUCGAGGGUUGGGGGGAACGAUGAGGGAAGGGACAAGAAGAAGAGGAAGAAGGAGAGGAAGUAG